AUGCCCGAUGUGGCGGGUUACGCAUCGUAUCUCUCGAAUCGUGUGAAUACUAACUUCCCUCACACCGACGAUUCUAUACCUAGCCCGUUUUCACAAACGCCCAUCAACCUUUCACCAACCUCCAUCAACCUUUCCCAAACCGAAACCGUCCCUGAAACUCAACCCCCCAUCGAUGGAAAUUCUCAACAUAGAAGCCAUUUGUGGGAAACGAUUAGUAAAGCAUUCCAUAAAGAAAUGGAAAGGGAGGUUUAUCGUGAAAACGAUAGCUUAUCCUCGAAGUGGACCAAGAUAAGCGGGCAACUCACCAAAUUUACUGGUUUUUUACAUAAAGCAAAGCAAAACCCAAAAAGUGGUGAAACCGAAGCCGACUUUGUGACAAAUGCAUUGGUUACAUACAAAACGAAUGUGGGAAGCGACUUCCGUUUCAUGCAUUGUUGGGACAUUUGUAAGUUCCAUCCCAAGCGGGCGAAUAUCCCCAGUGGUAGCGAAACUAACACGUCUUCCAAAAGGUCAAGGACACCCUCAUCGCAAGCCCAAUCGGAUGCACAAGAUCAAGAGUUGGAGGACUUUCUGGAUGAUUCGCCAAACCGGCCUGAAUACGGAAGAGAUGCCGCAAAAAGGCAUGCUCAAAAAUCAAGAUCAGGUACGACAUCGCCUUCAGUUGGGAGUUCGGGCUCGCGUAGGGGAGUAUACAGCGAUCAGUUGGAUGACAUUGCAACCAAUGCAUAUUCGAUCUGGAAAGAAUUAGAAGCAAAGUCUCUUGGUAAUGAAGAUUUACUCAGAAACAAAGUGUCUCUAAUGAAGAAGGAAUUUGAUUUAUUCCGGGGUUUGAGAACGGAAAACACCAAGCAGAUUAUUGAAAGAUACUGUAACUUGGUGAAGAAUAUGACGAGAUUGGGCAUCCACAAAAGUAAAGAUGAGCUGAUUGAGAAACUGGCAGAUGCGUUGCCACAUGAUGCACCGCAUCAGGCACAAAUUGCACAUGGUAGAAAUGUGAUUAAAGAUUCAAAGAGAGCUUGUCUGGUUAAUCAGGGCAAAGAGAGUGGAUUCAGUUGGGAUAAAUACAUUCCAACGGAUAGCAAAGUAUGCUUGGCAGAUCAAGACGAUGAAAAGUUGGCUGAAGGUUUCAGUUGGGACAAUUAUUGCCCAGACCAAGAAUUCAUGGCCAAAGAGAUGUCAAAUGUUAAAGCCUUUGUUGCCAAUGCUUAUGAUGAGUAUUGGGCAGAAAAAUACAGAAAAAUUAGGCAAGCUGAAGAGGAGAAAUGGAAAAGAUAUGAAAAAGAAGAAGAGGAAGAAAGGAGAAAAGCUGAAGCUGAAAAUAAGAAAAGAGAAGAAGAAGUUCAAGUGAGAACAGUCAAAGAAGUUCCAGAAUUUGAAAUCAAAGCUGAUACAGAAGCAGUCAAAGUUCCAGAGAAGUGUUUGAAUUGUGAUUCUUUGAUCAAGCAAAACAACGAGUUGCUACACAACAUUAAAAGGUUGAAAGAAUCAUAUGAUACAUUGAACAGAGAAAUGAACAAAUACACCGAAUCGAACAGUGAACAAGCUGUUGCAAUGAAUACACUCAAAGGAGCUUACAUGAGACAGCUUGAUGACGUCAACUACUACACAGAGAAGAUUUAUCCGAUUGUGGAAAGAUUGAAGACGUUUGAGGAAGAAAAGACUUCGGAAGAAAAGAAGUACGAGACAAAAGAAGAGGAUGAAGUAGAAAUUUCUGGAAAAUCUUCAGAGGAUGAGAAAGAGCAAGCAUUCUGGAAGCAGACAAAUCAAGAAUUCCUUGCCAAAAAGCAAGAAGAAGUAAAGAAGAAAGUUGUUCAGAAAAAGACAGAAACAAGAACCUGUUUUUAG